CUGUAUUUAAAAUUCACUUUGCAAAGGCAGCCGGUUGUAUCUGGAGAAAUUUGAAAUGCAAUAAAGCUGUAAAGAAGUGCAGAAUUGUAGGUGCAGAAGUGAACUUCUACCUGGUUGGGAAAGCACGGUAAUUUGUGGUGGAUGCCUCAAUUUCCCCACCUGUGAAGGAGGGUCAAGGUUAUUGGCGGUAACGCGUGGAGGCCCAGAGGGUGGGGCGGUCUUUGGGCCUGGAGGAGGUCUCCAGGGUUAUCCUGCCUGAUGCACUGCCAGACCCAGUAGAGGCUGGUGAGCAGGGGCGCAGGGCAGCAAGGGAACGCCACUGGGCUCUGGUGGGGCUGGGUCCAUGAUGUGGUGCUCACUUUAAUUUGGGUUUCUCCCUUGGCUCUCCCUACCUUUUCAGUUUCUGUGGGAACAGCCUCCAGCCCUUUGGGUGCCCAGGGUGCGUCCUGCUGGCACCCCCCACUUGUCAGAGCUUUGCGAAGCCUCAGCUUGACCCCUGGCAUAAAGCAUUGCCCUCCUGUGCAGGGUGAGAGACUGUGCUUUACUUCCAUUCUCCAGGGUCCCCUUCCCUAACAUCAAAGCGUCUCCCCCCCACCCCAAGCUGGAACAUGUGUUCUUUUAAUGCCAGUUGGGGGAGAACCUCCCUUGAAGCUAAUAAUACAGGCCCCCAAAGGGAAUCUGAGAAGGCUUGAUUGAGAAGCCUUGGGGUAAGGUGAUCUGGCUACCCUGCCCCCGUCACACAGCUUUUUAAAUCUUCUGUCCCACAUUCUCCUACAAGAUUAACACAUGUUCAAGGAGCAUUACGGAGCCCUGGGUUGUUAGCUCAGGGGUGGAAUCAGGACCCACUGGCCCUGGCUUCGGUUUUCAGCACCGUAGGACGUCGCUGCUGCCUUGGCCAGCAGAGCAAAGGGGCUGGGGCUUCCCAGAGUGAUAGCUGCAAAGGUAUUGGCGCAGGACCAGUUAGAUGUGGUGGGUGGCCCCUGGAGCCGUUCCAUUUCCUCCCUUUUCCUUCCUUCUCCACGCAGAGAUGGGUCUCCUGCUCCUUCCUGUCGAGUGGCAUUAACGUUGCUUGGUGCAGUGGAAAGGUGAUGCCUUUCUUCUCGGUUUCUCUCUCUGCGAAGACCAGCUCCUGAGGGGAACUGUGAAACCAGAGCAGCUCUAAUACUCUCCCGUGCUUGCUGUGUGGCCUCGGGCUUACAGGGCAGUGAGGCAUGGUCCCAGCCCUUGGUGGCGUUCCUCUCCUGCUUGGAUGUGGUGACACCUCUCUGUAUUGAAGUAGGCUGGGAACUUGAGAGCUUACACGUCCCAAGAGGAAGCCAGCCUCCAGCUUUCCUCCCUCCCCCCGCCCCUCCAUGCUGCUGGGGCUUCUUGGCACACCUGGGUGGAAUGUCACAACCAGUUUCCAGUAAAACUCAGGGAGGCGGACUGCAGGGAGGACUUGAGAGAUACAGGCCAGUACUGUGUCUGGAGAGUCGACACCGUAAGUGCAAAGGCAUCAGGGUUAUUAGCAUCAAUCACCCGGGUGAAAUGAGGAUCCAGUAAUUCCUAAAAAAAGGAUUUUUCCGCUCCUGUUUAGACACUGUCUUGAGCGAGUGCAAGUCCUGGCUCUAACAUGUGCCCGCUUUUUGUCCUUGAACGAGUUGCUGUCUUCCUUAUCUAGCAAAAGGGGAUGACAGUGGCUCCUACCUCAUCAGGCGUUGUAUUAAAUGAGCUCCUGCACUACACGGCCUGGUACCUGGCAAGUCCUCAGUGAGGGGCAGCUGCUAUUAUUAAGCUCUUUUUCGCUAUUAUGGCACCUUCCAAUGGUUUAAAAGACCAAUGAAGAUGAUGCGUUCUUGGACCUGGUGGAAGCAGCCACUGCUGUAAACGAGCCCCAGGAUCAUUUAUGCAAACCAAGCCGAGAGACUGUAUGGGAAGGCUGGGAUGGGAGUCCUUUACCCCGCCCCUUGUAAAAGGCUGCUCAGAUCACCCCUGUCCCUCCCAGUCUUCCUUCCCACGCGAAAAGGCUUGCUGAUGAGGCGACUGCUGUCUUUUCACCUGGCCGCACGUACCUUUGCACCGGAUCCCCCUUUAAAUUCUUCACGAUUAUGAAUUGUUUCCAGGGCACCAAUGCCUCUGCUCUGGAAAAAGACAUUGGUCCAGAGCAGUUUCCAAUCAAUGAACACUAUUUUGGAUUGGUCAAUUUCGGAAACACGUGCUACUGUAACUCCGUGCUUCAGGCAUUAUACUUCUGUCGGCCGUUCCGGGAGAAUGUGUUGGCAUACAAGGCCCAGCAAAAAAAGAAGGAAAACUUACUGACGUGCCUGGCAGACCUUUUCCACAGCAUUGCCACGCAGAAGAAGAAGGUUGGCGUGAUCCCACCAAAGAAGUUCAUUUCGAGGCUGAGAAAAGAGAAUGAUCUCUUUGAUAACUACAUGCAGCAGGAUGCUCACGAGUUUCUAAAUUAUUUGCUAAACACUAUUGCGGACAUCCUGCAGGAAGAGAAGAAACAGGAAAAACAAAAUGGAAAAUUAAAAAAUGGCAACAUGAAUGAACCUGCAGAGAAUAAUAAACCAGAACUCACCUGGGUCCAUGAGAUUUUUCAGGGAACGCUCACCAAUGAAACUCGAUGCUUAAACUGUGAAACUGUUAGUAGCAAAGACGAAGAUUUUCUUGACCUCUCUGUCGAUGUGGAGCAGAAUACAUCUAUUACCCACUGUCUGAGAGACUUCAGCAACACGGAAACGCUGUGUAGUGAACAGAAAUAUUAUUGUGAAACGUGCUGCAGCAAACAGGAGGCCCAGAAAAGGAUGAGAGUAAAAAAGCUGCCCAUGAUUUUGGCCCUGCACCUAAAGCGGUUCAAGUACAUGGAACAGCUGCACAGGUACACCAAGCUGUCUUACCGGGUGGUCUUCCCGCUGGAGCUCCGGCUCUUCAACACCUCCAGCGACGCCGUGAACCUGGACCGCAUGUACGACCUGGUCGCUGUGGUGGUUCACUGUGGCAGUGGUCCUAAUCGUGGGCAUUAUAUUACUAUUGUGAAGAGUCAUGGCUUCUGGCUUCUGUUUGAUGAUGACAUUGUAGAGAAAAUAGAUGCCCAAGCUAUUGAAGAAUUCUAUGGCCUGACGUCAGAUAUAUCAAAAAAUUCAGAGUCCGGAUAUAUUUUAUUCUAUCAGUCAAGAGAAUAACUUGAAGAACUGUGGGACGAGUUCACAUGGGGGGAACUGUUCACGGCACUAUUCCCUGGUUUCUCUGCAGACUUUCCUCCCCAGUGGCCCCGCCAGUGGUACUACGCCGAGUGUAAUGGUCUGGCUGGGUUAGACUUUCUCUCCCUUUGGUUUUUUACAUGCAGCACUACUUGUGGUUUUAUUUUAGUCUGAGGUAGAGUUAACUGCAAUCAGAUUGUAGUAAGAUUUGUAUGAGUAACAGUUGCUAAUUUUAGGAUUGGGGAAACGCUACGCCACCGGCUACGUCUGGCUCAAUUAGAGUGACAUUUCCUACGGGAAGGUCUACAGUCUGUUUUGGGUCCCUGCUAAACGUCCCAAGUGGCUUCCGGGAUCUCAUGUCAAUGCAUUCCUUUAACUUGUCCCGGGAAGCACUGCUACCCACUUGUAGCUUCCCUGCCUCUUUUCUGACGCAAGGACAGAAUCGGGUAGAAGUUCACCUGUUAGGGCUGCAGCUAUAGCUUUAAGUUUGUGCAAGUGAAAACGUUUAAAAGUGAGUAACCUCAAUACUAAAAUCAUCCUCCAGGUGGAACAGGGUGGAGAGAAGCUGUUCACGGUGGCUAGCGCCUGCCUGGGGCUGUGCUCCCCGCGCCGCCCGCCGCCGUUAGGACCCCAGAGGCUAAGAAGGCACGGAGCUCAGGGCAGGCAGAGCCCAGAGGAGGACGCUUUUGUGGACAGUGAAAACUUAACUUUUCUUACCUUUCUACCAAAACCACGUUUCAGGAAGAUACCCCUGCGCCAUUUGUUUUUAGUGAUGCUCUACUUCCGUAAGGUCCUGUGAGUUGUAUCUGUCCUUUAUCUGGCGCUGCUAAGCUUUCCAAGGCAUCCGCCCGGGCCGGCUGGUGUUCUGCAGGCUGUGGCCGCAGGGCUGAGCUACCGUGGUGACUGCUUCCGGCACAGCUCUCCUUAGCCAGUCAGUACCCACCACCUUCUCGGUCAGGAAGGACCCAGACACUGCCGUGUCACCACCAUUGGCCGCAUUGUACAGCUGUUCACCUUUUAACAUUUCAGUCUGUUGACUGAGGCGCUGGCGAGUCCCAGGACUAAUAAGGAACCUUCCCCAGAGGGACCACUGGAGUCAGCUGGGGGUGAAGGUGGGUCAAAGGAAGUGGGAGCGGGUGGGCGGAGGAAUGAACAAAAUGGCAACUUUUCUUUGGCUCAGACUCCUAGAACGCGUGACAAGACCGUUUUUUGGAAGAACCUCAUCUCACUGUAGUUACUUUUACUUUUUUCACUUUUGUUAUGUAUGUAUUUAUUAGAUCACUUGAGUAUUGGUACCUUUUAUUAAAAGGGUCAAUUUGGCAUUUUGCUGUUGAGCUGGUUUUUGGAUUCUUACAAAUACUAUGAGGCAUAGAUCUUGGCUUCCUUUGGGAAGUCGGUUGACUUCCAUACACUUCUAAGAUACUGUGAACAUACUAUUUUGUUACCUAAUAAAUCGGCGAAUGAACAUGCAAAUGUUUGGCAUAAUGUGAACUCAAAUUGAAAUUGGAAACGUUAGCAGCCAUUUUGUAACAAUUAAGAGCAUAGCACUUUAUCUAGAUGAAAACUGGAUUUCUUGUCUUUAAGAUAUCUUGAACUGUUUAUUGCUCAGAACUUAAAUAAGCAUGCCAACACUUCAUUUGUUCAUGCUUGAAGUGAAAUGGUUUACUUUUCACUGGAGAAGACAAAAACAGGGUGAUCUUCACGUUAUUUUAUACAAGUGAUGAAAAUAUACCUUGCCUUAUUUAGAGGCAAAUUCAUAUUUAUAAAUAUUUUGUCUUUUUUUUUUUUCCUCAUGAAACAUAUGCAGUAAUCACUUACCUGGAAGGUGAGUAUUUAUUCCGUUUUUAAGAGGAGACGCUUUGCAAUUGAAGGCAACUGAUCCGAGGAACUGUUUGUACUAUAUAUAACCCAUAUAUUUGACUGUAGGUUGCAAAGUUUUUUUUUAAAAAAUGAUGGUUCAUAUCUAAUAUAUUUGGAGCUGGUUCAUAAGAAAAACUAUUAAAAUUAUCUUUGGAAUGACUCUUGAGGCUAAUUUGUUAGAGAAAGAAAGUUUCAAUUGGAAGCCUACAGAGGUAACAUCUAAAUGCUAAGUCACAGAUUCACUACUGUUUUUGUUUGUUGGUUUGUUUGUUUGUUUGGAUUUUUUUGUUUUGUUUGGUUUGGUUUUGGGUGUUUUGUUUUGUUUUGUUUUGUUUUGUUUUUGGUCUGUAUGUGUGAAGAGUUUUUCCCAGUGACUUAACAGAAGUAAUUGAAAGGGUCAGUUAAAAUUCUGAAUUCAUGGAUAGAGUUUAGGAAUAAAAACAAGUAUGGAAGAUAAAAUGCGAAGGCAUUAAAAUGGUUGUGUGAUGCAGGAGAAGAAGCUUGGAGAAAGACCAAAACACACUUAUCCACCAACACUCCAUCACAGCUUUUAAACUUUGAGCUAUCUGGUAAUUUCUUUCCUCUUCAGUAAAUGGAACAAACACUAGGCAGCUACAUUUCCCCAGAAUCAUUUCACUUUAUGUAAAGACAGUAGCAUGCAAACACUUUCUCUCUCACCCUUGUUCAUCGUUCGUGCAGGGCAGGGAAUGGUGUGAGGUAGGUGAGACCAUUCUGAGGUGAACGAUAGCACAAAGGCUCAGCAAUAUUCCCUCAAAUGGCAGGGUUUUUGUGGGUCCUUUUCUGGCAGGAGUGAGUAGGCCUGCUGUAUUUCUUUUAACUGCUGCAGGGUUUUAAAACAAGUUACAGUGUUUUACACCUAGAGAAGAGAAGAGUAUUUGCUUUAUUGGUGGCUUACUGGCCGAGCGUCUAGAUUAUGGUACAGUUUGCUAAAAAGGCAUUUGUUUAAAAGUCGCUUUUUGGCAAAAUGAGCUGACAUCCAGUCCUGUUCCGUGGAUGCAUUUUUCCUUCCAAGGCAACAUCGAAUGGACUGGUUCUCAGAGAGCCAAGGAACGCAACGCAGGAGGGUGUUGGUUUGACUCGGAAGCCAGUCAUAUUUGGUUUUACCGCCUGGUAUAUUUUGGAUUUCAGGUGAAAUGGGAAAAAAAAAAAAAUGACAGGAGUGGUCCCUAUGCAUUUAUUUUCAUGGAUAUGCUUAAUUUCAUGGGCAUGCCUAACAAUGAACUAUGUUCUAACUGGAGCUUAGGGCUUAUUUUAGAUAUUGGAGUGUAGCUUUAUUACAGAUGGAUUUUAUCUUUAAACAUUGCAUUUUGAUCAACUUUGUAUAUUCACGUGUAUUAAAAUAUUGUGCACUAAAUGUUUUGCCCUCAUUUGCUAUUAUAUGGUCAAGGCAUUUAUCGGCACUAUUGUGAUUAACUCAUGUAAAUGGCAUGGGUCAGGGAAAAUUAUUUCCUACUUUUCUGCCUAAUUAAAUUUCUGUUUUCCAGUAUUACAUUAAUUUAUUUUGGGCUUCCAUUUCUUUGUAACCAAAAUAGUUACUGUAUUUGUGUGGCAUUCAUUUCAUUUUGUUGCUAAAGAAAACAAGUUUAGUUUUUAUUUAAAAUGAUCUGUACCUUAAUCUUUUUUUUUUUUUUUUGUAACCAAGUCAAGCACUUUAAGCAAUAAUGUCAAUCUUGUGAAAUUUCAAUCAGUUUAACACCCUGCCUCUAAAAUUGUUUGCAAAAAAAAUAAAUAAAUAAAAUAGGAAUUCCCUUCCCGGAGAAUUAUAUCUUGGUAAUGUUACACACAUGGACUUAAAAUCCUUUUUUAUAAAAUGUGAGUUAUUGGCAA